UUGGCUCGGCUCGGCAUGGGGAGCCCACGGCGCCUGCUGCUGAUCUCCAACUCCACCCUGCCCGGAGGAGGGUACCUGGGCCACUGCCAGCAGCACAUCCAGAGCUUCCUAGGGCAGAACGUGAGGCGGGUGCUGUUCAUCCCCUACGCCCUGCACGACCGCGACGCCUACGCCCGCACGGCCAGGGAGAAGUUUGAAAGCCUGGGUUAUGGGCUGGACAGCAUUCAUGAAUCUUGUGAUCCAGUGGAAGCUGUAAGGAAAUCUGAAGCAAUAUUUAUUGGAGGUGGGAACACAUUCCGUCUCCUGAAAGCUCUUUAUGACAACUGUCUGAUACAUGAGAUCAGGAAAAGAGUUCUUGAGGAUGGGAUUCCUUACAUGGGAUCCAGCGCAGGAACCAACGUUGCCACUGUCAGCAUCAAUACCACCAAUGACAUGCCAAUUGUUUAUCCACCUACCCUGCAGGCUCUAGGAUUAGUUCCUUUUAAUAUUAACCCUCACUACCUGGACCCAGACAUUAAAAGAACUCACAUGGGUGAGACAAGAGAGGAAAGAAUCCACCAGUACCACGAAGAACCAAACACCCCUCCAGUUCUGGGCUUGCGGGAAGGUACGAUGCUGUUAGUGGAAGGAGAUAACGCCACGCUGCAAGGAGUGACAGGAGCACGUCUGUUUUUGAGGGGUAAGAAACCAACUGAACAUGAGCCUGGAACAGAUUUCAGUUUCCUCCUGACUGACAGCAAUCCCCUGAAUCCAUAGCCUUCCAUAUUCUGCAGCAAAAGUUACUAUAUAGGGAAGACAAUGAGGAAAAAGGAAAGAUAUGCUUGUUGUCCCAGAGUAGGUGGGGUACUUCAGCUUUAUAAAUAAAGAUCAAUAUGCAUUAGUUGGACUCUUUUCCUCACCCUAAUGCAUGCCUCAGACACCUCCUUCCCAGCAAAAAGACACUUUUUGUUGCAAUACUUGGAGAAUCAUAGCUAAUCAAAGCUUGAAGGGGCCUAUACAUUCACAUGUCCACUUUGAUUCCUUCCCCACCAAAAUAAA